AUGCCUUCUCUGAGUACUCUUAAGAUUCUUCCCGUGAAUCUAGCAAGAGAUUGGGAUCCAUUCUUCAGAACCUUUUGGAAGUCAUGGAGCAUUCCAAGGCAGGCGGCAAUGGUGGCAACAUUUCCUCACAUAGGCCAAGGAGGGCCUGAAGAGGCCGAAUCAUUUCAAGUCAAGAAAGACCAGUAUCUCGCCGCUGCGAAGAGCAGUCCUGGACAGAAGUGGUACAAACUUGUUGAUGAAGAACAACCACUGGCUCCCAUUGUUGGUGGCAUCUGCCUAACGCACUGGAAAAACGAGCAACAGCCAAGACAUAUGCCAGAUAAGCCUCAUGAGGGAUUUGAGCCGGGGUCGCAGAUUCAGAAGAUGUCUGAGCAGUUUUACGGACAGCUCUAUGAGUGGCACAGCCAAUUAAUGCGGUCACGCGAGCAUGUUUAUGGCCACGCCAUGUGGAUACUUCCAGAAUAUCGACAGCUUCGCGCUGCACCAGUAUUUAUGAAGGUGAUGACAGACCUGUGCGAUGAGCAUGAUAUUGAAGGAUAUGGCGAAUUUGUGCAAAUGAGCUACGGCUUGGGGGUUAAGACUGGUUUUGAACUCAUAAGUAAGGAGUUUUUGAAGAUGAAUAUCGAGAAUCCGACUGAGGAUUCUCAAGCGAUGAUUAAGGAUUUUCUGUCGGAGCCAAUACAUUUGAUGGUGAGACCGAAGAAGAGUGCCUCGAAGGGCGCUCCCCGACCUACCUUUGUAGGCUUAAAAGAGUCAAAGCUUUAA